AAUCGGACAUCUCUUGAUCAGAAGAGGUGCGGCGCUUCAACUUCAGAUAGGUGUCAAAACAGUGGCAGUCACAAUCUCAUACCUGCAAGAGGAUUUGUAGUGACAGACUCGUACAUUUUCAUUUCUUUCCAGAGUUGAAACAUUUACUUUCGGUCUGCACUGAGGAUAUACAGGAAGAGGUAACCGCAGAUUUCACUUUUGCGCUCAGAUUGUUCUUUCCUUGGCUCUCAGCAUGGCUUCAACAACCUGCACCAGGUUUACCGACGAAUAUCAGCUGUAUGAAGAACUGGGAAAAGGAGCCUUUUCUGUGGUGAGAAGAUGUAUGAAAAUCUCUACUGGUCAGGAAUAUGCUGCCAAAAUCAUCAACACCAAAAAGCUGUCUGCCAGAGAUCACCAAAAACUGGAACGAGAGGCCCGAAUUUGUCGUCUGCUCAAGCAUCCCAACAUUGUGAGGCUCCAUGACAGCAUAUCAGAGGAGGGUGUUCACUACCUCGUCUUUGAUUUAGUCACAGGAGGGGAGCUGUUUGAAGAUAUUGUUGCCAGAGAGUACUACAGUGAGGCCGAUGCCAGUCAUUGCAUACAGCAGAUUCUAGAGAGUGUUAAUCAUUGUCACCUAAAUGGCAUUGUACAUCGAGACUUGAAGCCAGAGAAUCUUCUCUUGGCCAGCAAACUGAAGGGCGCAGCAGUGAAACUGGCUGAUUUUGGAUUGGCUAUUGAGGUUCAAGGAGACCAACAAGCGUGGUUUGGGUUUGCUGGAACUCCAGGUUAUCUGUCUCCUGAGGUGCUGAGGAAGGAGCCUUAUGGCAAACCAGUGGACAUGUGGGCAUGUGGUGUUAUUCUGUACAUCCUUCUUGUGGGUUACCCUCCUUUCUGGGAUGAAGACCAACAUCGACUUUACCAGCAGAUCAAAGCUGGUGCAUAUGAUUUUCCCUCUCCUGAGUGGGACACAGUGACACCAGAGGCCAAAGAUCUGAUCAACAAGAUGCUGACUAUAAACCCUGCCAAACGCAUCACAGCAGCUGAGGCCCUCAAACACCCCUGGAUCUGUCAACGUUCCACAGUGGCAUCCAUGAUGCACAGACAGGAGACAGUGGAAUGCCUGAAGAAAUUCAAUGCCAGGAGGAAGCUUAAGGGUGCUAUCCUUACUACAAUGCUUGCUACACGGAACUUCUCAAGCAAGAAUCCAUACAAGAAACCUGAUGGUGUUAAGAUCAACAACAAAACCAACGUAAUCACCAGCCCUAAAGAACCUGCUCCCUCUCCAGCUCUGGAGCCUCAAACUACUGUUAUCCACAAUCCCACUGAUGGAAAUAAGGAAUCAUCAGAGAGCGCCAACACCACUAUCGAAGAUGAAGACAUUAAAGCACGGAAACAGGAGAUAAUUAAAGUCACAGAGCUGCUGAUCGAAGCCAUUAAUAAUGGAGAUUUUGAAGCAUACACGAAAAUUUGUGACCCUGGACUGACAUCUUUUGAACCUGAGGCUUUGGGAAACCUAGUGGAGGGGACAGAGUUCCACAGGUUCUACUUUGAAAACUCUCUCUCCAAAGGCCACAAACCCAUCCACACCAUCUUGCUGAACCCUCAUGUACACCUGAUCGGUGAGGAUGCUGCAUGCAUCGCUUAUAUAAGGCUCACCCAAUACAUGGAUGUCAGCAAUAUGCCUCGCACCAUGCAGUCUGAAGAAACGCGUGUCUGGCACCGUCGUGAUGGCAAAUGGCAGAACAUCCACUUCCAUCGGUCUGGCUCACCAACUGUGCCCACCAAGUGAGUUAAUAAAGUCUCCAGAGCACAGCCUUUCCUGUCAACUGAGCUUCAACAAGUGUCUGGCCCAACUCAAUCAUGAUCUUCAUAGUUUACUCUACUGUACCAGAGUCUUGUUUACAUUUACUGUUGGACUAAUAGAAUAUAGAAGGUUUCAGAUCAGGAUGUGGUGUGUUUGUAUGUGAGUACAUUUACAUGUAUUGAGUAUGCUGUUUACACAGUAUACUCAUUUAUGUGAAAAGCAUGUUCUUACUUAGUACUUUAAUCUUUUUUAAGGGUUACAUUUUUCUAUAACAAUAUAUAUGGAGCCAUUUGUUAGUAAUCUGUGGUGUUUUGGUACAGGGGUACUGUAUAUCAGAAAAUAAUUAAUCAAGGUUUUUUUGUUAAUUUGUUUGUUUGUUUGUUUGUUUUAAUAAUUUGUCAAGAUCUAAAAUUUACUUAUUUCUUAAAAUGACAAAUAUGAGCUUGCUUCUGGUUUUCAGUGAUGUACAUUUUGUGAAGUUAUGUGAAGUGCUAUUUCUGCUUUACACUUUGGAGUAUUACCAGUUUAUUUUUAGCACAUACUGUAGGAAGCAAUGUGCUAUUUUCUUGGAUAACCCAAAAUUCUGAGAAGGGAAACGUUUUAGGGUUUUAUUUUUUUUGCUCAUGAAUUGUCAUACAGUUAUCGUGCAUCUGGGUAUAUGAAAAAAGAAUGUAAUAACUCAAACUUCACUACACCAGAUAAGCUCAGAUGCUCAUUCUGUAAAAAAAAAAGCAAAUAGCUUGCAAAGAUAAGUUUCCAGAUAAGUUUUUCCUUUCUUUUCAAUAAUUUGUUUGAAAUUUAGUUUUGUUGUGGUAACUUAAUUGCAUGCUCGUUCAAAUGUUUCUGCUUCUCAGUGAAAUUUGUGGUACUCUUUGAGGAAAAUCUAACAGGUUGGUUUCUAAUUUUUAUCUUUUAUGAAUAAUGCAUGACAUUUCACUAUUAGUCAUCUCUCAUACAGAUCCAAAACCUUCCUCCCCAUUUCUUAUGUAAGUCUUUGUCUUGACAGACCAACGUAGACUGAAGAUCUCAUGCAGAAUAAAUUAAAGUCAAUGUUCUGUACACAUAAUCCACUACACACUAUUACUUACACAAUACGAAGAAUGUAACAUGGUGAAGCCACAGUGUACUAUUAAAACAGGCAGAUUGUUUGUCAGAUACAAUUUUUAUUCUUCUAAGUUCAGUUCAUUAUGAUAAUAUAUUAAGUUACAGUACAACAUUAUAGAAUAAGGAUAUUACUAUAGAGGAAUUGAUAUAAUAGAUUUCUAAAUAUGUGAAACAUCUAAUAAAAUGUGUGAUUUCUGCAAAA